AUGUCUAAUACUACAGCCAGCGACCUCGCGAAACUCACAGUCCCUCAGCUCAAAGUGUUAUGCAAAGAACGCCGCAUUAUCGGGUAUUCGAAACUCGGGAAAGCUGCUCUGCUCUUGAAAUUAAACAAUAAUGAUACUACCCGCGGUGAUACCCAGUCUCAAGCUGUCAUUUCGAUCCAACCAUCAAUAUCGAAAGCAACAGCACCAGAACAUAUAGGUCACCCAGCCGACCUAGCUCCUGCACUCUCCACUGGAGUUACUGCUCUCAAUCAUACUCGUAAUGCACAGACAGCAAACAAGGACCUUACAGCUACAUCCGCAGAAAAAUCUGCCCUAUGCAAAGCACUGCCGGUGUCUGGUCCGCCCUCUCUUGUGAAUUCUGUGUCUGUCUGUGAUGCCAACUCCUCUUCAAGUUCCACGAAGUUACCCGGAACCCUCAAAGCAAGUGGUUCGACUUUUGCCACCGAAUCCCCGGGGGCAGCUGGUCAUCUUCCACACAACUCUAGUGCUAGUGCUUCAUCGAAUGCAGUACCUAUUGUCGCUCAGCCUCAAAAUAUCAACCUCGUUCAGAAAGGUUCUAAAACAAAACUUCAAGGCCGAUUCAAACCUCCCGUUUUCACAACAGCUCCGAUUAUCACUAGUACAUUACUAACCUCCCGGCAGGUCUCCCACAACGACUACCGGGUUGACAAAAUCACUUCCAUAUCCCCAGAUACUUUUAGCCUUGAGGCCGCCCCCAUUUCAAUGUCAUCCUUAAUGAAUAUUACACUUCCGCCUAAGCUAUCUGACAGAAAACGGGUUCAAAGCUUGGCAGUAAUCCUCUCUGCACUCACCAAUCAAGAUCGCCAGACUUGCACCAUGGUUUCUCGAACAUUUCGAUAUGCAGUGUACCUUUCUGCCACACAUAUGCUCACUCAGAAGUAUCAUGGUCGCCGUCUGAACCAAAUAAUGAAGCGCCAUCCACAAAACACGACGAAUAUGUGGCCCUACCUGCGUCAGCGUCAGAACGAAGCGACUUUCUGGAGACAUGCGUUCCGAAAUUCUUGGGUUGGAAGGUACAACUCUUUGCUUGGAAUAGACCCUCUGUCUGCACGUCUCUGGGCGAGCGCAGAUGAUGAGAAGCAAGUAGUGGUGGCGCUGAGGUUUAGAUUUAUCCUCACAAGGCUUUGGUUCACGCUCUCUGUCGGAACGAAUGAGCGAGAUCCAUCAGCAUGGCUAAAACACAUCGUGGAAGAUGCCCAAGAAGUUGUGAAAGGUGAGAUCUGGGCUAUCACGAUUCGAGACGGAAAUUCGUUAUCCGAGUUCUACGUACUGGAAUCCACAUGCGAAGUCAUCGGCCGGGCACUCAAUGCUCCUCAACUUGAAAUCUACUCCUCUGGUUUGCGCGCCGACUGGUCAAGAUACAUAGCGUCUCACACUGGUAUCUCUGCGGGGCCACAUAACUUAUUCUCAGGAAAUCUUCGAUGGGCGAAUUACGAGGAAUACGACCGAGGAAUGAGCAGGCACUGGCUACACCGCAUCUCUAGUGAAGCCGACGUCGGCUUAUCAAAAAAGGUGGUCGCUGAGCGAUAUGUCCUGGCGUGUGUGUUGGCAAACAGCAUUAGUGGCCAGUGGAUGUCAUCUAACCAGAUGGCGCAGGAAUUCGCAGGUCUGCCAUCUCAAGUAACCCCUGCAGCUAUCAGAGGCAAAACUCCGAAGAUUAACCUUUACCUACCAGCCCACCACCAUGUCGAGAGCGUUCACUUUACCACACCAAAAGGUGUACCAUUGCAUCCGGCUCUUGCCGUCAUACAGACCCCAGCAAGAGAGUACGUCGUCUUGAAGGAUAAUGGAAUGCAGGUCGGAUGCGAAGAAGAUGGUGUUGCAAACGUGUGGAUGCAUGUGCUUGGAUGCGACGAAAACGGUAUAGCGGUUUCUAAAUAA